CGGCGGGCGAGGCUUUCCGGCAGUCGGCGGCCGGCACCAUGGCGAGCGGCGGGGCUUCCGGCGGCGCGGCCCGGCGGGUGCUGCACUCGGCGCGGGUGGAGGACGUGGCCUCGGCGUCCAGCUUCCGAGACUUCGAGGUCCUGCACCUGCACCUGGACCUGCGGGCCGAGUUCGCGAGCCGCACGCUGAGCGGCACGGCGGUGCUCGACCUGCGCUGCCGGGUGCCCGCGGGCGCGGCCGAGCUGCGGCUGGACUCGCACCCGAGCCUGGAGGUGACGGCGGCGGCGCUGCGGCGGGGGCCGCCCGGCCCCGGGGAGCCGCCCGGCCCCGAGGAGCCCGUGAGCUUCUGCACGCGGCCCUUCGCGCGCUACGGCUGCGCGCUGUGCCUGAGCCUCCCGCAGCCCCUGCCGGCGGGCGAGCGCUGCCAGGUGCUGCUCACCUACCGCGUCGGCGAUGCCGGGCCCGGGGUGUGCUGGCUGGCCCCGGAGCAGACAGCGGGGAAGGAGAAGCCGUUCGUGUACACCCAGGGGCAGGCCGUGCUGAACCGCGCCUUCUUCCCCUGCUUCGACACGCCCGCCGUCAAGUGCCCGUACUCCGCCCUCGUCCAGGUCCCCGACGGCUUCACCGCGGUGAUGAGUGCGGACACCUGGGAGCGGCGAGGGCCCCACGGGUUCUUCUUCCGCAUGAGCCACCCCAUCCCCUCCUACCUCGUGGCGCUGGCCAUCGGAGACCUGGUCUCGGCGGAGGUGGGGCCCAGGAGCCGGGUGUGGGCCGAGCCCUGCGUGGUCGAGGCUGCCAGGAAGGAGUAUGACGGGGUGAUCGAGGAGUUCCUGGCCGCCGGAGAGAAGCUCUUCGGACCCUACGUGUGGGGCAGGUACGACGUCCUCUUCAUGCCGCCGUCCUUCCCCUUCGGGGGCAUGGAGAACCCCUGCCUGACCUUCGUCACCCCCUGCCUGCUGGCGGGGGACCGCUCGCUGGCCGACGUCAUCAUCCACGAGGUCUCGCACAGCUGGUUCGGGAACCUGGUCACCAACGCCAGCUGGAGCGAGUUCUGGCUCAACGAGGGCUUCACCAUGUACGCGCAGCGGCGCAUCUCCACGCGCCUCUUCGGCGCUGCCUACACCUGCCUGGAGGCCGCCACGGGGCGGGCGCUGCUCCGCCAGCACAUGGACGUCACCGGGGAGGAGCACCCCCUCAACAAACUGCGGGUGAAGAUCGAACCAGGCGUCGACCCGGACGACACCUACAACGAGACCCCCUACGAGAAGGGCUUCUGCUUCGUCUCCUACCUGGCCCACCUGGUGGGCGAUCAGGACCAGUUUGACAGGUUUCUCAAGGCCUACGUCAAUGAGUUUAAGUUCCAAAGCAUCAUGGCGGACGACCUCCUGGAGUUCUACCUGGAGUACUUCCCGGAGCUGAAGCAGAGGAAGGUGGACGCCAUUCCAGGCUUCGAGUUCGACCGCUGGCUGAACACGCCGGGCUGGCCGCCGUUCCUCCCGGACCUGUCCCCCGGGGACGCCCUCAUGAAGCCCGCCGAGGAGCUGGCCCAGCUGUGGGCGGCCCCGGAGCUGGACGUGCCGGCCAUCGAGGCCGUGGACAUCGCCCCCUGGAAGACCUACCAGCUGGUGUACUUCCUGGACAAGGUCCUCCAGAAGUCCCCUCUGCCGCCCGGGAACGUGAGGAAGCUGGGGGAGAUGUACCCGAAGGUCUCAGGCGCCCGCAACGCGGAGCUGCGGCUGCGAUGGGGCCAGAUUGUCCUUAAGAACGACCUCCAGGAGGACUUCGGGAAGGUCAGGGACUUCCUGCAGAGCCAGGGGAAGCAGAAGUACACUCUCCCGCUGUACCACGCCAUGAUGGGCGGCAGCGAGGCGGCCCGGGCCCUCGCCAAGGAGACCUUCGCGGCCACGGCCGCCCAGCUCCACAGCAACGUGGUCCACUACGUGCAGCAGAUCCUGGCGCCCAAGGGCAGCUAGAGGCUGUCCCCGCGCCGCCCCGCGUGCCGCGCUGUGCCGGCUUCCGGAACACUCCGCCCCGGUCCCGUCUCCAGCCCCCUCUGAGGUGCGUCCCCUCGAUGGUCUGGUGUCCGGGCCCGAGUCUGUGACUCGUGGGGGCUGCUCUGGACCCCGAGACCAGAGACCCCCACGGCCCUCCGUGCGGGCUGCUCCGUGGGGAAGGGCAGAGACUCUGUUCCCCGUUGGCUGGUUUUUAAAAAGAAUAUGUUUUUAAAUGAUUUUUUUUAGAGAGAGAGGAAGGGAGAGGGAGAGAGAAACAUCCAUGAUGAGUGAGAAGCAUCAUGAUCGGCUGCCUCCUGCACCCCCCACGGGGGAUCGCGCCCACAUCCUGGGCCUGUGCCCUGACCGGGAAUUGAACUGUGACCUCCUGGUCCAUAGGCCGACGCUCAACCCCUGAGCCACGCCUGCCGGGCCCUCUGGCUACUUCUUGGCUUUCUGUGCAAACGCCUGCGUUUGGGCCGCUCCCUUUUCGGGUUGAAUCUGCAUUUUAAUAAAUCUUUUUAAGUGA